AUGUUCAGCUUACCAAGAAUAUCGUUGCCAUCUUUUCUUCGUGCAGGCGAAGGCACGCAUCUCACUGUCGAUCUACCCUCUGUGGAGAUCCAUGAUAUCGAAACCUCGGCGGAAAAGCGACCGCGAACUCUCAAGCAUCUACUCAAAGCGAAUCACGCGAAUUACUCGAUUAUAUACCACAACCUUACUUUUCACAACCAUACACCGCACAUCUUAGGAUCGGCUUACCUUCUCGGAGGCACGGCAGAACAUCUGAAUGAAAUCUACGAGAAGGAGGCUGAAGUACUAGAACCAUGGCAUGACGCGCCAGGUGAAGUAACAAAGGACGAUUGGCGCGAGUUCCUGGGGAAGCGCGAAUACCAACGCGCAUUUAUCGAUUUCUUCGAAGAUCAGCUCGUGAGCAAGAAGUACAAUGUCGAAGAAGUGCUCGAGGAAUUCAUGUUCAAGGGAAAGGAGCCGCUGAUCAAUGGCCUCAUCUCCGGACUUGCACAUCCUCUCAUCCAUCUUGGCUACGCUUACGAACUGAACUCCAGAACCGUCUCGAUCGAGGCUCUGGCUAUGGGCUCCUGCUUUUACAGUUCCCUUCAUAAAUACAUUGACGACCCAAGGUAUACAAAGCCCAGCCCUCAUAGCGCAAGUGGAGAUCACACUGGGCUCAUCGAUAUCCUGGACAAAGUGCGCAAAGACAAGCGCUUCGACGGCCUUUAUGACCACCGCAGCGGUGAUAUCACCAAGGUGUUAGAGGAGCGCGAAGAAGCCUUUUUAGAAUACUGGAAUGCCUGGGAAAUUACAGCACCGAACGAACAGUUUCAGGCUGCUCAGGAAGUGGGAUUGGGGCUUUUGACAGGCACACCGUUACCAGCGAAGGGGAAGUACGAUUUCUUCAUCGUGCAUGUGCUUACAAGCUCUCAUGCCAUUCGCAUCCUCCUCCCCUUGUUACCGGCCAAGUUCCAUGUUAGUCUUCUGCGGCAAUGGUGGCUAUUCGCAUUAGCUGUGUACAUUGCCCAGAUGAGGCCGGAGAUCGAUAUGGGUAAAGCUAUGGGUAACGAUGGCAGUGAGAAGAAGGGCUGGAAGUAUGUUGUAGACAAGGCAUUGAACGGCCCGCAUUCGACUGAUGCGCAUCAUGUCAAAGCAUUGCGAGCCUUGAAGGUAGCGGAGGAAACAUGGGAGACUGAAGAUAACCGGUCGGACCACUGGCUCCGCGCGGCAGUCAAGUUUGCUGACGAAUUUGAGGGCUGGGGAGGAUUUGGAACUGCGGAAGAUGAGGCGAAGAUGGGGUACCCUGAGAAGCAGUAA